UUUCACCGCCGCACCAGCCGAGGUGCCCCCACAUUGCGGUCCCCCAGGCGGCCGCUUCCGGGUGGCGCCGGUGGCGCGGCCGUCGCUGUCGCCUGUCGCGACAGGGAGGUGGCCCGGCCGUGUCGGGGGUCGCCGGUCGCUGUCGCGAUGAGGGCGGGGGCGGUGCUGCGGCUCUGCUCGCCCCCGGGGCUCCUGUACCAACAGGGGCAGCGGCCGGGGCCUGGAAUCCGCGAGUAUUUUUAUUACGUGGAUCACCAGGGGCAGCUUUUCCUGGAUGACACCAAAGUCAAGAACUUCGUCACCUGCUUCAAAGAUGUCAAAUUCCUUUCCUUCUUCUUCCGGCACCUGGAGCGGAACCGCGGCGGGCGCUACCGCGCGCUCUUCCCCUUCGUGUCGCGCUGCGGCCGCGAGCGCAAUUUCCUGCGCUGCUCCGACCUCCCCGUGGUUUUCACCCAAAUCCUUCCCGGCUCCCGCGGCGAUCCCGAUCCCGUCCUGUCCUACUGCGGCGGCGGCUCCGAGCUGACGGUGCCGUUCCGGCCGGGAAUGCUGGCGGUAUUCCCGGAAAACGGGCGCCUUUACCACCCGGCGCCGGAGAAGGUCGGCGGCGUCGGUUUGGUGCGUUCGGCGUUGGCCCAAGAGUUGAGCUCGGGGUUCGGCUUCCGGGACGGGCCCGAAAAUCCCCCGACGCAUUUCACCUGGAGAGGGAGGGAGUAUCGGCUCUCCGGGGAAAUUUUGGGAAUCUUGCGGGCGGAAAAAUCGGGAUGGGAGGCCGAAGCGGCGAUUCCCGCGUCUUAAACGCCCCGGAAAUCGCAAACGACGCGUUCCCGCCGUCAUUAAAUUAAUUCAGAAUUAA